CGGAAGUCACAGUUUGAGCACUCAGUUCGAUCUGUUUGUGUUCAGAUUUUCAUCAUGAGAGAGUUGAAGAAAGAAGUGAUGAAGACAAAACUGAUGGAGAGAGACAGUUUACAGAAGCUGGAAAAGGUUUCCUGUCAAUCUUCAGUGUGUGUGACUGAUGGGACCUCCACAGAAUGUCAGGAUUCAGUGUGGAGCGGCAGAGAUCAGUCCACACCACAGCAGCUGCUGGACAAACUCUCUGAACAGAGAUCCAGAGACACACAGGACUCACAGCUCACUUUACUCUGUUCUACUGAUGCUCAGGAGAGUGUGUGUGACAGUAAUCAGGGUGAUCAAACCUCCACAGAGUCUCUGACUUCUGUCUGUAACGCUGGAGAACAGCAGAUGCUGCAGACACCAGUGAAGAUGUUGAAGAACCCGAUUGAGAUGCGAGGAGAAAACACAGUAGAGGAGCAACUGAGUGAUGAAGAAGAUGAUGAAAUCACAGCAGAGGUACAAGAGAUUGAUGAAGAAGAUUAUUAUGAUGAUGAUGAUGAAAAAAUCACAGCAGAGGAACAACCGAGUGAAGAUGAUAAUGAUGAUGUCAUUCCUUCAGAGUUGAUGGAAGAGCAAGAGGAACCUCAAGAGCUGAAUGAAGUGGAGGAGAAACUUCAGGAUCAGAAACAUCAUGAUUUAAUACCUGGAAAAACAUCUUCGAGUGGCUCAAAGUCUAAGAAGCGCAGAAGAAGAGCAGCCAAGAAAUCUUUCUCCUGCUCUCAGUGUGGAAAGAGUUUCACAAAUGACGGCAAUCUUAAUACACACAUGAGAGUUCACACUGGAGAGAGACCUUACACGUGCCAUGAGUGUGGGAAUUGCUUCACUACUAAAGGAAACCUUAAUAAGCACACACGCAUUCACACAGGUGAAAAGCCUUACACGUGUCAUCAUUGUAGAAAGAGUUUCACACAAAAAGAGCAACUUGUCAGACACACAAGAGUUCACACUGGCAAGAAGCCCUUCUCGUGCCAUCAGUGUGGGGAAAGUUUUGCAUCUGCAGACCAUCUCCAAGAUCAUCUCUGCUUGUACUCUGGAGAAAGGCCAUUUCAAUGUGAUCAGUGCGGUAAAACGUUUGUAAAGGCAAAGUUUCUAAAACAACACCUGAAAAUCCACACCAAAGAAAAGCCUUACAAGUGUUCUCUUUGUGGAAAGAGUUUUGCAUGCUCGUUCUACUUUAAAGUGCACCAGAAAACGCAUACCGGUGUGGUGGCUAAUAAGUGCUUUAAAUGUGAGAAGAUCUUUACUUCAGCCGGCCAGUUGACCGUGCACCUUAAAAUCCAUUCUGGGGAAAAACCUUUCAAGUGCUCACAAUGUGAAAAGAGUUUCACUCGGUUGGAAAACUUGAAAACACACGAGAGAAUCCAUACUGGAGAGAAACCUUACCGCUGUUUUUCAUGUGGUAAAAGUUUCAAACAAUCUGGUCAUCUACAGAAACACUUAAAAAAUCAUUGCCCAAGCAGUCAAACUGAUCAAAAUGAAUCUUUAAGCCCAAUAAUAUGAAGUAAAUAGUUCUCCCAAAACAACAGCAUGAUCUAAGAUUAAUACUUGGAGGUCUUCCUAUUUGGAGAACUGAAUUUGAGUGGGAUCGCUCGUCCGAUUAUGAGUGGGCUGAUUAAUAUUUUUACGGAAACCAAAGAAACUUGUAAUUAGGGCUGUCAUGAUUAUGAACAAUUCACCGAAACAAUUAUGAUUAUGACGAUUAAUUGUCAUGCAAAUUGCCACAUUAAAAACAUAAUUUAUUCAUAUUUAACUUGCAAUCAUAAAAUAUGUCUGAUUUCCCUUAAAGCUUUAAAAACGUAUGAAUCGCAUGAAAAUAAUAAUUUCAAUAUAUUUCCAAAUGCUUAAAAUAUGUCUCUCCAUUUUGGACAGUUUUAGUCAUUGUCCAUUUAACAUUUACAAUGUUGGUUUUGGAACGACGCCAUCUUUAAUAGCUAUCGUAUUGUAUUGUGCAAUAGUUAAAAACAAAUCUGUCCUAAAUUCUUUACUUUCACAUGUUAGUUUAAGGCUGUCUAAUGAAGGGGUU